UUCCUCCAUGCCACGCCAUGUCGUGCCCGCUAUUUCCACAGAAUGGAGAUUCUGAGAAGCAUCUUUCUUUGCCCGCGUCGCGCCCUUCCACAAUCGGAUCUAAGUGAUUUGGAAGAUGGCUUGGGGCCAAUCAACACCAGCCUGCGUACGGAGCACAAUGGCAUGCCGUUUCGUGGCAAGGCCAAAAAGGCCGAGGACACCAUCGCAGGCGACGGCUCUGAAGACCCACUUGAGCCCGAAGUGGCAACGUUGGGUCAGGAGAAUGUUGCGGAGAUGCAAAGCAUUUUGCUGCAACUUCAGUCAACGGAGGAUUUAGAUCAGAUGCAACAGGACGCACUUGACCUGGCCCGAGGCGAAGUGGACGUCUUGGGGAGAGUUUGGGAAAGUCAAAGGAUGAUUUUAAUGAAGAAAGGCAUUGAUUCUGCCAAGACAAUGCUGCACACAAAGUUGCAGGAGCUUUUCAAGCAAUGGCGCUGGAAGGCUGCGGACGCCACGUCCAAGGAGGAGCUGGAGGCGCUUUUGGAAGCACCUGGGCAGAAAGAUUUGUUGAACACUGCGACAGCUUCUGCCAUCCAGGAACUUCUGGAAGUGACUGAGAAGUGCCAGAAACACUUGAAGCAACGCAUAGAGCUGGAAAGCUGCUUGCAAUGUGCGGACUUUGACCGCUGUCGGGUUAAGACACUGUUGGAAGUCGAGGGCGCUUUGAAAGGCCGCGUGCUGCUGGAGUUCAAGCUCCGAAGAGCUCUUGGCAUGCCACUGACCAUCACAAAGCACGCCUUCGAAUUUGCCAACGUCAAAGAACCGGAGCUCCGCAUCCAGGAGCAUUCGUCCUUUGGUGAGCGAACCAUUCCCUCGCACCUGUCGUCCUUUGGACUCUGAGUCGUUG